AUGGCUGCACCGCUCGCUUCAUUGUCCUCACAAGAGUACGUGCGGGUAGAAGAUUACUUGAAUGAUAAGCUACAGUCGGAUGAGGACCUCGACAGCUUGGAUUCGCUGCUACAGACCCUCCGAACGCAGCACGAGUUACAACGCAAGCAGCUGGUUGAGGCGCAGGAGGCACUUGAGGAGGCUACAAAGGCUUCCAACGACCAUCGCGAUGCCGUCCGAAAACAAGUCGAAACGUUCAACCAAGAGCAGGCAGACAUCGACCGGCGCCUCAUGAUUAUCACCCAGUCUGAAACCAGCGAUGACGCCGUCCGUAUAUUCGAAUCAAGCAUGCAAAAGCUACAAAGGCUUGAUGUUGCCAAGGGGUAUUUGUCACAAUUGCAAGAGAUAGAGGCAUUGAGUAAGAAUGCAUUGGAAUAUGUGGACAGUGCUCCGGCAUCAGCGAUACCUCCAUACAAAACCCUCCGAAAUAUAUCCACCUCGUUGCAGGCAGCUCAAAUCGCCGCUGAGGGCGCUGCUCCCCACCUUGUUGACCACGCCGAACGGCUUGCGAAUUCAGUCAAGAACCAGCUACAGGAUCGUCUGAGUGGCCGAUUACAGAACGUACUUGAUAAAUUGAAAUGGCCGAGCAGGGAACUGGUGCUUAAUGAGGCUUUCAUACAAGAAUGGGUUACAAGUGUCGACUUGUUGCUUGACCUACAAGAACCUGACCUCAAGUCCUACUCGGUAUCAUCUUCAUCCUUUCAGAACGAAGACAUCCAAGUGCUAUUGCCACUAGAAGUUAUGAUGCAUCCAUUGGAGCUCCGCUUCAAGUAUCACUUCAGUGGUGCUAAGCCAACCAAUAGGCUUGAUAAGCCGGAAUACUUCCUGUCGCAUAUUUCUGACCUGAUAAGUACUUAUGUUGGUUUCUUCACGACUUAUCUACAACCCGUGCUAGAUCGACGAGCCGAUAUUGUGGAUGACGGUUUGAGAUGGCAUUUCGUGAGCGCAAUCAAUGCCUUUAUCACAUCUCUUCUUCCCAUGGUCAGGCGGAAAAUUGACAAUUUCCUUCCACAAGUGGAGACAAAUCCACAACUACUUAGCCAUUUUAUUCACGAACUCAUAAAAUUUGAUGAUGACCUCCGGCAAACAUGGAACUACCUUCCCAAUCCAUAUUCCACUGAGAAUUGGAAGGGACUAGCAUCAGAAGUUCUUACGCAAAAAAAUUGGUUCGAACGGUGGCUCCAGGUUGAAAAGGAGUUUGCUUUAUCUCGAUACAAAGAUAUUAUUGAUACGCCAGAAAGCGGGCAAAUUGACCAUGAUGGCGUCGAUGCUAAUGUCACCAAACCAACAAGUGCUGCCAUUAGGGUUAAUGACCUCCUGGAAACAAUAACGGACCUGUAUAGACCACUGUCCUCGUUCAGCCAGAAACUACGAUUUUUGAUCGAUAUUCAAAUAACAAUAUUCGACCAAUUCCACGAACGUCUACAUUCUGGCUUAGAGGCUUACCUUGCAAUGACAUCUACCAUUGGCCGCACGGUACAAGGUGCUGAUCAAGGGAGUCUCGAAGGAGUAGCCGGUCUCGACCGGCUGUGUCGAAUCUUCGGAAGCGCGGAGUACCUAGAAAAGAAGAUGCAAGACUGGAGUGAUGAUGUCUUCUUUCUUGACUUGUGGUAUGAGCUUCAGGAUCGCGUCCGACGGAAUCAAGGCGAUGGAAAGAAUGUUGUCGGCCCAAUGUCAGUCGCCGAAGUGGCUCAGAGGACCUCCCAGGCGGUUGCGGAGACUAGCCAAGGACGAAGCUCUGAGGGUGCCUUGUUCGACGAAACCGCAUCAGCGUAUCGCCGCCUCAGACUACGCUCCGAAAGUAUCAUAGUAUCUACAUUCUCUUCUGAAGUUCAGUCGUCUCUCAGACCCUAUUCUCGCGUGUCAAUGUGGUCUUCGCUCUCUGCACCUUCAGCAAGCUAUCCUCAUCCCCUUACCUCCGAGCUUACCCAUACAGUUCGCAUUAUAUCCUCAAAUCUCUCUUUCCUUGCUCGCGUCUUAGGUACGGCACCUCUGAGGAGGAUCAACAGACAAGUCCUUUUGUCCUUGCAAACUUUUAUACUGGACAACGUUAUCUUGCGACAUUCCUUCUCUGCCGCUGGCGUAUCCCAGCUUACAAGUGACAUCGACCAUCUGUGCGGAGUCAUUGACAGCUCUCUUAGCCAUCAUUCCUCUUCAACCGAUUAUCAAGGAGAAGCAGGCCGAGUCAUGCGCAAACUUAGUGAGAGUCUGGUCCUUCUAGGUCUCAGAAUCAAACCUCAGGGUACCAAAUCAGACGAUAACACUGAGUCUCGUGAAGCUGAGUUGGGGCUAUGGGAAGUGGAAAGGAAAUUAUUCGCCAACAAUGAAAGCGCGCGCGAAGUAUUGAGCGAACUAGAAAUUGAGACGCUGACGGAGGCAGAAGCGAGAGCAGUGUUGGAAAAGCGAGUUGAACUUCGCAGUUGA